CGUGUACAAUAGCUCAUAGCGCAAUCCAGAGACAUGAAGGCAGUCGUGAUCUUGGCCCUGUUGGGCGCCGCCUGCGCCGCCCCAACCUUCGUGGUGCCAUACACGGGCGCCGUGGUGGGUGCUCCCUACGCCCACGCCGUGGCCCCCGUGUCCUACGCCAGCCAGCACCACGCCCAGGAUGAGCUAGGCCAAGUCAACUACGGUUUCGCUCACGCCGGCCAGGCCAAGAACGAGGUGCGCGACGCCUUCGGCAACGUCGCCGGCGCCUACUCCUACGUGGAUGCCGACGGCAAGCCCGUCGUGGUGGAGUACACCGCCGGCGUCAACGGCUUCCAGGUCAAGAGCAACAACCUGCCGGUGGGUCCUGGCGUGCCCGAGGCCGUCGCCGUCGCCGGCCCGAGCCCGUCGAAGACACUCCGAAGUCGCCGCCGCCAGGGGCCGACUUCCAGGCCGCCUUCGACGCCGCCGCCGCCGUUCCCUCGCCGCCGCCGCCCCGCCCCCGUCGCCGACACACCUGAGGUCACUGCGGCCAAGCUCGAGUUCCUGCAGGCUUAUAACGCCGCCGCCGCCGCCGCUGCCGCCGCUCCCGACGACGAGGAAGAGGUCAUGGCCGAGGCCGCAGAGGCAGUCACUGAGGCCGCAGAAGCAGUCACUGAGGCCGCCGUCGAAGCUGCCGAAGAAGCCACCGACGCCCCUGCUGAGGCUGCCGAGGAGGUCCCAGCGGAAGAGGUCGAAGCCGAAGAGACCGCCGAGGAGGCCGCUCCCCUCGUAGCCCCCGAGCCCGUCAUGGACACCGAGGAGGUGGCACUGGCGAAGGCGGAGUUCGAGGCUGCUUUCGCUGCCGCCGCCGCCGCUGCUGCUGCCGAUGAGGUCCCUGAAGUGAUGGUUCCCGAGGGCGCGCCAGAGGCUGUGAUGGACACCGCCGAGGUCGCCGCCGCCAAGGCUGAGUUCCAGGCCAGCUUCGACGCCGCCGCUGCCGCCGCCGACGCAGCCCCUGACUUCGACCUGGACGGUUCCGUCAGCCGCUACAGUGGCUACCUGUCCGCCGUCGACGGCUCUCUGUCGCCAUACUACACCAACACGCUGCCCUUCGGUGCCUACGGCGUCCACGCUGUGGCCGCCCCUGUGGCCGCCCCGCGCACGUGGUCGCCCCGUGGCCUACCACGGCGUCGGUUACACGCCCUUCGUCGCUGCCUGAGCGGACCCGACCGUCUCCUUCCCGCUAUGAGAGUUUUGUACAUAAUUGUGUCAGCUUCCAGUUUGAAUUAAACAAGCCGAAAACGC